AUGAGUGUUGAUAUUGUGAAUGUUAGGAUUUGCGAAGACAUGAGGAUAUCAAGUUUGGUUGGAUUGUGGGAAGACUUCAGGGAGCCAGAGUUUCAUGAAGAAAGUAUGCAGAGCCAGCUUGUGUGUAGUGGGUGUAGGAGCAUUCUUCUAUAUCCUAGAGGAGCUACAAAUGUUUGCUGUGCAUUAUGCAAUAUAAUUACCCCAGUCCCUCCUCCUGGUACAGAAAUGGCUCAACUUAUUUGUGGGGGUUGUAGGACGUUGUUAAUGCAUACACGUGGGGCAACAAGUGUGAGGUGCUCCUGCUGUCAUACUGUAAAUCUCGCUCCAGCAUCCAGUCAGGUUGCCCACGUCAACUGUGGAAACUGCCGGACAACACUUAUGUAUCCAUAUGGAGCUCCUUCAGUCAAAUGUGCAGUCUGUCACUAUGUAACUAAUGUUGGUAUGACCAAUAUGAGGGUUCCAAUUCCAGUGCACAGACCUAAUGGGACAGCCAAUUCAGGAAUGGCGCCCUCUACUUCCGCAGCAAUGCCCCAUUCUCAGAGCCAGACCGUUGUGGUUGAGAACCCUAUGUCUGUUGAUGAAAGUGGCAAAUUGGUGAGCAAUGUUGUCGUUGGUGUCACAACUGGGAAAAAAUAA